ACACAAACAUACACAGCCCACUGCAAUACUGGCAGAAAGUAGUAGAUGAGAAACAUGAGUUUGAAAGUAGCCCAAUAAAAAAUUGAUAACAUAACCUUCUUUUUCACUAUUACACGUACAUGUAAAAUUGGGUAACACUUCAGCAAUAUAGGAUGUGUAUAUCACUACCAAGGGAAUUAAUUGUGUGUAUGAUGAUGAUGAUUAUGAUGUCUUAUAAACAUAAAAAGAUCAGACUCAUGUUCAGAAAAACAUUUUUUCUUAAUGGCUAAAUAUAUAGUUGAUGCCUCAAGUAUUUUGUAUGUUCUAAUUUCUAGAAAAAUAUAGAACCACUUUUGCUGUAUCGUAAAAUAGGGCAUCAUCUGAAAAAAGGAUAUUAGGAUUAUCACAAUCUGCCAAUUUACAUUUGUGAAUGAGCCAGCCCAUGUUACCCAUGGUACCCUCUGAUCAGUAGGAAAUUUGAAUAGCAUUUUGUAAUCCAAACAUGGUGUGGAUAUGACAUUUACAGCAACCCAGUCAUUACUUCAAUACACCAUUUUCACCACGUAGGCCAUUUAUUUCUUGCAGGGACCAAAGCACCAUGCUACAGGUGGCUGCAUCAAGUGACACCUUUCAUGCUGUGAUAAGAAGACUGGCAGUAGGUGUGCAGUCCCUGCCUUCAUACCGAUGGCUGAGCCAGCCGAUAAACCUGAAAGUAGCCUGACUGAAUCCCCUGAUACUACUGAAGACUCGCCAGAAGAAAUGGAGAUGAAGGAAAUAUUCCAGGAGACGCCAGCCUCCAGUCAUGCCAUCCACCCUGAUGGCAAUGAGAGACCCCCCAUCAGUCACAGUCUGUUUGGGAAGAUACCAAAGAGAUACAUAGUGGCAUUCAUGGCUUUCCUUGGCUUCUGCAAUGUGUACAUGUUGAGGGUGAACCUCAGUGUCGCUAUUGUUGCUAUGGUCAGCAACAUGUCUAUGGAACAUGAGGAUGGCACUGUUACUAAUAUUCAAGAAUUCCACUGGGAUUCAAAAAUGCAAGGAAUGGUGCUAGGAUCAUUCUUCUAUGGUUACAUCAUCACACAGAUCCCAGGGGGGUGGCUGGCCACAAAGUUUGGUGGCAAGGUGCUGUUUGGAGGCGGGAUAGCUAUGACAGCUCUGCUGACACUUUUCACCCCCCUAGCAGUCAAGGGGGGUGCCUACACUCUCAUGGGUGUCAGGAUAGUGGAAGGACUGUUUGAGGGAGUGACAUAUCCAUCCAUCCACGCCAUAUGGAAGAACUGGGCCCCACCCUUGGAAAGAAGUCAGCUUGCUACAGCAGCCUUCUCAGGGUCUUAUGUGGGAACUUUCCUGUGCCUGCCUAUUUGCGGUGUGUUAGCGGAACAUGUUGGCUGGCCCUCUAUCUUCUAUGUCUUCGGUGCUCUGGGCUUGGUUUGGUUUGUUGGAUGGUGGUUCAUUGUGACAGACUCUCCUGCUACCCACUCCACUAUUUCUUAUCAAGAGCUGGAGUACAUCAGACAGACUAUCACCAUAGAGGGAGGAGUGGCCAAGGAAGGUGCAUUGCCCUGGAAGAAAGUACUGACAUCAGGCCCAGUGUGGGCUAUCCUGGUGGCACACUUCUGUGAGAACUGGGGGUUCUACACCAUGCUGACUAGCCUACCACUCUUCCUACAGCAGAUAUUCCACUAUGACCUAGAUGAGGAUGGAGUCCUUUCUGCUUUGCCGUAUUUGGUCAUGGCUGUGGUUGUGAUGGGUAGUGGCCAGCUUGCUGACCUCCUGCGUCAGCGACAGUUACUGUCCACUACUGCUGUCAGGAAGGUCUUCAACUGCACAGCCUUCAUGAUUCAGGCCAUCUUCAUGACAGCUGUGGGGUUCACACAUGAUGCAGUGGCAGCCAUAUCAUGCCUGACAGUUGCCAUCGGUGUGGGAGGGCUGGCAUGGUCAGGCUUCAGUGUCAAUCACCUGGACAUAGCCCCACAGUAUGCCAGCCUGUUGAUGGGUGUGUCCAACUGCAUAGCAACCAUCCCUGGAAUUGUCAGCCCCUCUGUGGUGGGACAGCUUGUGCAACACAAGCUGUCCACAGAGUGGCAGAUGGUAUUCUUCAUCGCUGCAGGAGUCUACCUGUUUGGUGCUAUCAUCUAUGCAGUCUUUGCUUCUGGCGAGCUGCAGUCCUGGGCAGAGGGCAGUGUGCAGUAUGUGCUGUGUUCUGAUGAGGACUACUCUGAGGCAGACAAAGAAGGGAUGACACAAGAUGAUGAGGAAGAGGAAGAGGAGGAUGAGAAGAGGGAGACUGGUGAUGGAAAGGAAGAUGACAAAGAGACUUCAGACUCAGACUUUGUUAAUGUAGAAAAUGAAAUUGAGGCACAAGAUAUGGCUGGCAAUGAGACACCUCCAAAAGUGACUGAAGAAGAAACGAACCAAUCAUCAGAAGAGGAAAUUUAAAGGGACCAACCCUGAACAGUGUUGCAACCAGGAGUAUGGAAUCCUCUGUAAUUUAUGUAUUGUGCUGUUGCAGCGAGCUCUGUGA